AUGGACGCAUGGCUCUUGCUUUGGGACUCGGUGCGCAACCUCACCUCAAUUCUGCGGACUAGACUUACCCCUGCACCCCCAGGUUCUCUAUUCAACCAUACGGACACACCCAACGUCUCUUUCUCCCUCGACACCGCUACUGAAUCCAUCCGCUACACCACCGUCCGCGACAUCGAACCUGGAGAAGAACUCUGUAUCUUCUACGGACACAACCUGUGGUUUACUCCUUCGGACAGCAAGGACACCAGUGCCAAGAUUACUCGAGAAGCAGACAACAAGGACGACGGCUGGGGCGGACUAUCAGGGAUGGACUCUUUCGACGAGAAGAUUGUCCGGACUGUUCCUGUUAAUCCUUACAAAACUGGGAAACCAGAUGAGAUCCUCUCUGAAGAGGACCUUCCGUUCACUUGGUACAAGCUUCCUCCAGAAGAAGAAACACCAGAAUCAAUACGGACAGUCAAUGCCUGGGUCGUAGACGUACCAGAAGCUCGCCAUAUCAACACCUUGAUAAAAUGGCUCAAACAAGCCCAGCUCGAAACACCCGACGUCUCCCACCUCAAACGGAUCCGGAAAAACUUGACAACAGGGUUGAGCACCCUCCUCUUAUCCCUCGUGGACCCUCUAUCCGAUCCAUCUUCUCCAACUCCACCCCCUCUCCCAUCAGAUUUGGGACUGGCGGCGCCUUACAUCGUCCCUGUCCCUGUAUCAGCUGCUCUCACAAUACCCUCGCUGACCCUCAAAACAGCCAUUUGGCCAACGAUGUAUACACCCAAACGGAAGGACGAGAUUGAACCUUGGACGAGAGGCAAGGCUACAUGGGCAUGGGAUGCGAUGUAUGAAGCUGUAAGAGCGGCGACGGAAGGCAAGAGAGCGGAGGGAGAGUUCCCAAUGGCUGCCCAUAUCCCUGCCCCUUACGGAAAGGCUGAAACGACAACACCCUCAUUCAUUGCGUGCGACACCCGCACCUCGACCUCCCAUGCUCUUCGGCAUUCAGCUAUCAAUGCUAUUCGAAAACUAGCCGACUACCAAGCGUCCAUCCCGGUAUCCAGCCGGUCGCCUUCCACGACACCAUCUAAUCAACCGUCCAACGAAGUGAACGAGAUUACGACCGACGAAACACAACUGCAAAACGGAUCCAACUACCUCCUGACAAACCAAACUAUCUUCCUGACCCACGAGCCGUGCAUAAUGUGUAGCAUGGCGCUGCUUCAUUCACGAGUCAGAGAGGUUUUCUACCUUUACCCCAUGCCCAAGACAGGUGGCUGCGGAAGCCUCACAUGUUUACCCACUCUCAAAGGCGUGAACCACCGCUUCACGAUCGCACGAUGGAAGGAUUUCAAUAGUCUCGGCUUACAGCAUCUAGGAGAGGGUGGAGAGGAAUCAAGCAGACCAGAAGGCCUCGAUAUAGAUAGUCUUCAGGUGGAUACAAAGCUCGACGCGUGA